AUGGCUCGUCGGCCGAAGUGGUCGGCGCUGAUGCUGGCGUUAACGAUUGUUACGCUCAGCUUAGCGAGCUUAGUGAAUCGGUGUUCUGGCGCAAGUAGUAGCAGUGGCGAGCUAAGCGAUCUGAACGCAGAGGAAAGCCGAAACUAUCGCGAGUUGUUGAAUAUUCCGAGAUUUGGCGACCGGUUAGCGCCUCGGAAUCGACCCCACGUGGAGGACGGGAAUGCCGGUGCCGGGAUCGCGAGUGCUGUCGGGCCUUCGUUGGCCACCAGUGGUAGUAGCAGUGGUGGUAGUAAGUUCCGGCGACAACCAGGACCCGGGAAUGUGUAUCCCGGGGUGAGCUACCGGAACGCGGGAAGAUUAGGCCCCGGUGUGCUGAUCGGUGGGAGCAAUAAUGAAGAGCUACACACGCUGGUGAAUACCAAUGAUAUCAAACGAAGUGAUGUGAUGGUGACUAGUGUUACCCAGAAUCUGGAGGAUACGGAUACUAACAGUGACAGUGACAGUGAGUACUAUGCGGUUGCCGAUGAUGAACAGGACAACGAGCCUGUUCCGGAUCAGGAAGAUAACGAAGAAGAUGAAGAGGAUGAAGAUGGUGAUCACGAAGAGGAUCACCAGCAUCCGGAAGAUUUGACUGUGGAGAGUAGAAGUGUUGAUAGUGAUGAUGACGAGCAGCGUUUGCUGCUGGAAAGUGAUAGUAUUAAGGAAAACAGCUUGGCAAUAUUGGCUGGUCAGUUGAAUGUCAGCAGCGGUAGUGGUGCGAAUGCGUCUUCGGCGCAAGCACAUCGACUAGAAAUGUCUACAGAAUUUUUCGUAGUGCCAUCGACAGCGUCUCCUGCUGCAUCCCGAUCGACAACCUUACGUCCUGGCGGUGUAAUUCUAGCUGCUCGUAAUCCAAUGAAUCACCACAACAGCAACAGCAAUACCCACAAGCUGAACGUCACACCGCCAACCGUGGUUGCAACCAGUUAUCCGAGCGGGCUGCGGAAAGAACCCUGGGUAGUACCGGUGCUGGUACUGGCCUCGCUGUCGAUGAUCAUGAUGGCAGCCUUCGAAAUUUUUGUCCUCUGUAAGGCUUGGCGAACAUCUCCGAGCCGCCGUCACCUUUUCCUUGGCCAAAUGUUGCUUCUUGGUUUGUUUGCUUGUGCGGGACUUGCAGCAGUCCUGACUGUUAAUCCAACAGUGCUCUCGUGUGCAACAAUGCGUUUUGGUGCAGGAGUCGCUUUUGCGCUCGUAUUUGCAUCUCUUCUGGUGAAAUGUGUUUUUCUCAUCAGCCUAAAUGGCGGAGUUUAUCUACCGGCUCCCUACCAGGGUUUGUUGCUUCUGUUUGCCGUUCUUAUUCAAGUGGCGGUGGGAGCCCAAUGGCUUUUAACAGAUCCUCCCGUCGUGGAUCAGGUUCCAAUCUCCAACGGUGGUACUGCAAUUUCUAGCCGCUACUAUCUUCUUCUCACAGCGAGCGACUUGGCUCAAGUGACGCCCACGAUCCCACUGUGCCACACAUCUUUCUCCGAGCUCCUGUUAUCCCUCAUCUACGUCGUGUUCUUGAUCGUCUUUGUCGCCAUCCUGGCGAUUAAAUCACGCGGUAUCCGGGAUAAUUAUCGGGAGGCAACGUAUAUCGGGUUGGCCGUCGGUGGCAUCAUCCCAAUCUGGUUAGGUUGGACCCUGUGCGGACUGGCCGUGGCCGAUCGGCAUCGUGACGCAUGUUUAGCCUUCGGACUGGUGGCAACCGCUUCGACAGUGUUUCUGGUGAUGUUUAUGCCAAAAGGCCGCCAGCUGGCGGCCAUGGGCAAGGAGGGUCUGUACGUGGAAGAUCGCGAGGAACGUUUCAGUUCGUUAAGCCGUGCCGGAUCCGGAUAUUCGCCGUCAUUUUUCCACUUCAAACCCAUCAAGUACGGGGUGAUGGGUGCCUCGCCGACGCUGCAGACCAACAAUGGAACCGUGGUUGGGACGACGACCACCUCCAAGCAUCAGGCCGUUGCAACGCUGGGCGGAGAUCGCGUUGCACUGGUUACGGCACCCCCGAGCUACACGCCCCGCAUGUAUCAUUACUUUCCAGCACACAUGACACAUCCCUUCUGUUACUAUCCCUCGCCGGCACCGCAGCAGGCACGGUAUCCAGGUCUAUUCAUGCGCCCGGACGAGGCCAAUCUCUACACCACACUGGAGCAAACGAUGAGCAGUAAUCCGAACGUGUACUUCCAGCGAGGCGGCGGCGUCCAUCCGGGGAUGAUGUACUAGCUAGAGCUGCGACCAGGUCCUUGAUUCCUACAGCAAAAUUAAAAAGCGCGCAAAACUACUAGUGAUUUCAAAAUCCCCCGAAUCGCGUGGGUCUCCCAGUCUCGCUUCCAACUUUUGGCGAUUGUCAAACAGAGCGAUUACGGGAUUACGCCUUUGGUUCUGCAAAUGUGAGACCCGCGUACGGAACAGAAUAGUAUUUUUGAGCCGCAGUCGCCACCGCAUGCUUGGAUUUAGCGUUAUAUUACCAACUGCAGUAGAAACAGAUUGAAACAAGUGAUUUUAGAUGGUAAGAUCGGUAAGGAGGAACAACUCCGCUACGUACUAAAUAGGAUAAUUUACAUAAGAAAGAAAGUAGCACGGCGAAAAAUCCGUAAUCACCCAACACAUCGACGGAUUCCGCUUGCUCAUCUCACCCGCACAUCCCGGCAAAACCAUAGAUAAAAUUCAUCUAGGACUAGAAUUUUCACUUCACUAGAACUUAAGUUAUCGAGAAAAUGUGAUCUCUCAACAUGGUAUAAUAAUGGCAGACCGACGAACGAAGUACGUUAGUGCGUACUAAUUUAGCAAAUUAUGAGACCUACCAUGAGGCCAAUUUAGCCAGCAUUCAUCCCCCAUCUGUGGCAAGAAAAAAAGCACCCAACAAACAAAUUUGAUUAUGCUCUCGCAUCAGCAAAGGAAAAAUUCAAUUACGCAACAAACGCCCAGUAAGGCACCCGUACCUAUGGAAUUCAUUAUUAUUGCAUCACGGAGGGCUCAUUAAAUAAAUCUGGUUAAUUUUGAAAUAGGGGCAAAAAAUAAUGACUCAAUGAAAAAUGAGAGCAGCUUCGACAACAAAACAGCAAAUAAUAGAGCAAUAACCGAAGUCCUUUUGAACAAGAUCCUAGGAUGCGCCAAAACGGUCUAUGAAAAACGUGGUGUUGAUGACGUAUUAGCUACCAAUCGUUGGAGGAACUGUUAUACAUUCAAGUACGCAGCUAGUUUUUGUUUUGACGCAUACUAGGACUUUUGGAUAAUAAUUCAAAAAAAUGUUCUGGCGUAUUCAACCUUGAACGUUAGAAUUUAAUUUAGAUGACAUUAAUAACAUGCAACAGAUUCAAUUUUAGAAAUCAUUUUUACUUUCAAUCCUUUUCAUCCAAACACGUGUACAAGACGUGUGUAUGAUAAAAAGCUCUACUUUUAGUGUUCAUUUCAUCAAGACAGCAGACUUGUUUAUAGACACAAACUAUACAUACAUCUAAUACCUAGUUUAAGACUUAGUUUAGCGUAAAUAUAGCGAUGAGUUAAACUUAGAGGAACAUGUUCAAACAAAACUCAGCAAAUACUCUCUGUGAAAGAAUUUAUCUACAUUUAAACGCACCGUGAAAUAGUGUGCAAGAAAAAAAACUAUCUACUAUAUUGAUACUGACCUUCCCCUGCCUGCGGGUGGGGAGUUUUCUUCUCCUUCAUGGGACGAUCCAAGGGCCGAUAAAACUCGCGGAAGGCCAAGUCAGAUACAUUACGAAUUAAGGCAACUUCCGUCGUACAAUGCCACCUAAAUAAGUCUUCCUCGAAUUCUGAGCCUACCCUGAGCGCUGAGUUACGAGAGCGUAGUUUUAUAGUUAACGCUGUAUUCGAAAUAGUGGUAGUUACACCGAAACGAAAGCAAUACAUUGUAAGAGUGGAUAUCGUUGUAAAUACUAGUGCUAACGAGUUUAGUCGAGAAAUUAUUUGGAAAUAUU